AUGAGUUGCUUCGACAUUCGUGAUUUCUCCCAGCUCGUGGAUCGAGCUUCGAUCUACGAGGAAAGCCUGAAAGAGAAUGCGGCUGAGUACGCGGAUCAGAAGAGGAGGGCCCAAGGACCUGGUACUUUGGCAAUGGGAGCCGGGCCAGCUAAGAGGAUGGUAGUGGGGAGCUUUCCACCCCAGAGAAUGGCAACUGGGACUUGCUAUCGGUGCAGCCAGUUUGGUCAAUUCAGCAAGGAUUGCGUGGGCAAAGGAGGUGCUCAGAAACUUUUGGCGCCAGGGCAAGUUUACGCGCUUGUUCCAGGAGAGUCGGAGGGAGGAUUGGAAGUAGUGACAAGUACUGUCCCUAUACUUGGAUUUGAAGCUUCAAUUUUGAUUGAUUCAAAGGCUACCCACUCUUUUGUAUCUAUUAUGUUCGUAAGACUGUUUAGACUUGUAGUACGAACUUUGGAACCUGGUCUUGCUGUAACUACUCCCGUAGAAAAAACUGUAGUUUGUAAGCGUGUAGUUUGCAAAUGCCCUGUUAGCAUAUGUGGAAGACAAGUCACGCUUAGACCGUGGGGAGAAGGAGAAGUAACGUACGUUGGAUCACGAGUGAGGUCUGUACCUCCAACUAUUUCUGUCGUUCGAGCCAGGAAGCUUAUUUUUGGAGGAGGGCAGAUGUUUUUGGCAUUUGUUAUCGCCCUAGCGAAGGAAGAAAAGAAGGACCUACAAGACAUCCCUAUGGUACGAGACUAUCCGGAUGUCUUUUCAACAGACUAUUCUAGAUUGACACUAGAGAGAGAGGUUGAAUUUGGAAUAGAGUGCGUGCCAGGCACUAAUCCUACAUCUAAGGCACCAUAUAGGAUGACACCGUUAGAGUUGAAGGAGCUAAAGGAACAGCUCUAA